CACCACCCUCCCCUCACACCACUGCCUGCCACCAUCUCUGCGAUCCUGCGCUCUCUCGCGCCGGCUCCGCCGCUCCUUCCACACUGAUUGUCCCUCUCUGUGCGCGAUCGUGCCAUUGAUACCCACUUUACAGCGUGUCUGUGGAAAGUCAGUCUCUCUUUAAGUGUGUGCGUCCCUUACUCUCUAUUGUCCUCCUCUCUGGUUGCGCUGUGGCUAACUAACAAACAUAGGAGGUGUUAACUACUUUUUUUUAUUUUUUCAUUUUUUAUUUUUUGCUUUUGUCGUAUUACGUGCCUCCCGGUUGCUGCCGCGUAUUCGCCAGAAACGGCCGGUGCCGCGCUGAUGAUACUCCUACUCCGCAGAAAAGUUUUCGGUUUGUUGUAAGGAUAAAAAAGAAAGAAGAAAAAGCCGGAAACCAAGCAGCCGUCUGCAGUAGAAGCGGAUUCUCGCCACGGUGAGGGAGUUUCGUCUUUGAUGUUGGAUGGUAGUCUGCGAAGCUUUGAAGCUCAACUGGAGCGGCUCACUGCACUACUCGAUUCUGCGUGAGACGCUGACAGCCAGAAGAUGAUGAACCAGCUUUGAUGACCCACAGGUGUCCUCCCUUUUUGGACCAUUUGGCUUCAACAUCACAUCCAGCACCCACAUGUGAAGAGAGCUUUUACCUGCUUUUGCCCUGGAAGACGACAUCCAUCUUGACCAUUUUUAAUGGUUGUUAUCAGCGCAGUACUGCUCCAGAUAUACUCAGUGGCAUUUACCUGAAUGAUCUGAAUUGGAUCAUUUCCAUGUGAAUUUGGUUGCUGACAGUAUAUUAUCGAAGUUUUCUGAGACCAUUCCUCCAAAGGCAAAAAUCCUUCCAAUCACCAUCUAAGACUUCUGCAUCUCCUUAGACCUAUUUCAAAGGCCUUGAGUGCUGUCUUCAGUUUCCCUGAGGAGGAAUCCUUUCCUCCUCCUCCUCCUCCUCCUAAAAUCCUUACAACGCCCUUUGACCGCCCAGACAUGGACCUCCACAGAGCAGCCUUCAAGAUGGAGAGCUCCUCCUACCUCCCAAAUCCUCUUGCCUCCCCAGCCCUCAUGGUGUUGGCCUCCACCGCCGAAGCGUCUCGCGAUGCUUCAAUUCCAUGCCAGCAGCCUCGUCCAUUUGGCGUCCCCGUUUCUGUCGAAAAGGACGUCCAUUUGCCGUUUAACAAUGGCUCGUACACCUUUGCAUCAAUGUAUCACCGCCAAGGUGCAGUUCCGCCAGGAUUUCCCAACAGGGACUUCCCUCCGUCCCUUCUCCACCUUCAUCAUCAGUUUGCCCCACCCAACCUGGACUGCUCACCCAUCAGCAUGCUGAACCACAGUGGCGUGGGCGCCUUCAGGCCUUUUGCCUCGCCUCCGGAAGACCGAGACGGGGCCCCGGGCGGUUAUCAGUCAGCUUUCACCCCAGCCAAACGGCUCAAAGGCUGCCUGGAUGCUGAGGCCUCACCCCACCUGCGGUACUCUGAUGCUGACGGGAAAGAGUAUGACUUUGGCGGCACCCAGAUCCCUCCUGGAGGCUCGCCCAGCAGCGCCUUGAAAGCGGUUGAGGACAGCGGAAAAAAGAUCUUUGCCGUGUCGGGCCUCUUGUCAGACCGAGAGACUUCAUCCAGCCCAGAGGACCGCAUCGAACGCUGGAGGAAUCUUCUCUUCUUCCAACUUUGUGCCUGUAAAGGUAAAAAGAAGAUGUCACUAUAUGACAGCCAGGCUCCAGUUUGUCCAAUUUGCCAAGUGCUGCUGAGGCCCGGAGAGCUACAGGAGCACAUGGAGACAGAAAUAGAGAGGCUAGCCUCCAUAUGCCUCAGUAAGAACCCCUCGUCCAAGGAUGGUGUAGCCACUCCCGGAACUCCUAAGUCGAUGCUAUUGUCAGUGCACAUCAAGAGAGAGGGAGAGUCUCCGGUGGUGUCACCACUGUCAUCUGAGGAUGCCCACCACUCCGACAGAUAUCAGACAUUUUUACGAGUUCGGGCAAACAGGCAAACGAGAUUGAAUGCUCGUAUAGGCAAGAUGAAGAGGAGGAAGCCUGAGGAGGGGGGGCAGGUAUGUCCGCUGUGCAGCGCCCCAUUGGCUGGGAGCGAGGAGGAGAUGAGUAGACAUGUGGAACAAUGCCUGAUCCAGCGCGAGGGGGCUUUGGCCGACGAAGACUCUGCGGACAUGGACGGAGAAAACGGGCGGGGCUUUGACGAGUACGAAUGGGCGGGGCAGAAAAGGAUCCGAGCCACAGCCUUGCUGGAGGGAGGCUUCAGAGGAACAGGAUUUGCGACAUGCAGCAUCAAGGAGAGCACGGCAGAUAGCGACGCUGACCUCGACGUGGACGGAGACGACACGUUGGAGUACGGAAAGGCCCAGUACACCGAGGCCGACAUCAUCCCCUGCUCCGGUGCCGGAGAGGACCAAGGAGAAGCCCGGGAGAGGGAGGCACUACGAGGCGCUGUGCUCAACGGCGGGAUGCCUUCCAACAGAAUAACGCCGGAGUUCUCCAAGUGGGCAAACGAUGAGAUGCCUUCUACGAGCAAUGGGGAGAGCAGCAAGACAGACCCCAGCACUCCUUCAUCAUCCUCCUCCUCUUCCUCGAAUGCUCCCCGUACCUGUAAAAACAGCGAGAUUGAAAAGGUGACAGAGGAAGAAUCAACAGCUACCACGAUGGAGGCUCUGAAGGCCCGAAUCCGAGAGCUGGAGAAGCAGAUCCUGCGGGGAGACCGGUACAAAUGCCUCAUCUGCAUGAGAAAGCCUGCUCUCAAGCCAGGCGCAGAGAUCAAGAGCAUAGGGCUGUGGUCAGGCUCGCGGCCACUGGCCACCGAGGUUGGAGAGAGGCAACCUAAGUCCCUCCCCCUCGGCCUGUACUGCCUGUACAGGGGCCUUGUGAUUGGUGGCUACAGCAGCAGCAUAAAGAGGCUCCUCCCACAACCCCUGCGGAGGGACUCCUACACGAUGCCUCUGACGUCCAUCCAGUGCUGGCACGUCCAUUGUGAAGAGUGCUGGCUCAGGACUCUGGGAAACAAGAAGCUAUGCCCGCAGUGCAACACCAUCACCUCACCUGGAGACCUGAGGCGCGUCUACUUGUAAAGAGCACAACGGCCGCCCCCCCUCAUCCUUCCCCGGACGCCUCCUCUCCCCUGUCACCGUUAGUUUUCUCCUGUGGACCGUAGAUCCGACGCCUCUGAGAGCUUUUAGAGACAACAAGGCAGUCUUUGAGACUCCUCUGGCUCUUUUAGGAGGCCGACACUCUUGAAGAAGUGACUCACGGACACUCUUGCUGACUGACUGAUCGUUCAUUUGCAGAAAGAGAAUAAAAUUUGGGAAGAUGAAGUCCCAGAUGUUAAGCAGAAAUGCUCCACUGAAGGACUUUUUCAGUGGAAACCUCCCCUCAUCUCCUCAGAACCAAGCAAAGUCCUGCUGACUCCUGGCAGCUUCGUGCUGCUGGGGACGAACCCCCAUUUUUUCCUGCGCUUCUUUCAAAAUUGACUCUUAGCUGGACAGCAGGUGCAACAUUGAUGACUCGACAGAAAGCUUCUUCGUUUUAAUUUUUGUUUUGUUUUUUUUUCUGUUGUAAAAAAAAAAAAAACUCUUUUCCUCACAGAACCUUUGCUUGAGUGUUUAAAAAAAAAAGGACCAUCCACCACGAUUGAGCUUUCAACCAAACUGACCUUCAGAACCUUUGAAAAGAAGUUUGACACUCGCUGUCCUCCACUUCUUCUUUUCCCAAACCUCUUUUUUUUCCCUCCCUGUUUGUGGUGUUUUUAGUGAAGUAAACCAAAUUCGCUCCCCUCCAAAAUGCAGUGCAAGCACAUGUAAUAUAGUUCUAUGUAAGUUUACAAUGUUGGGUGUAAAUGACAUGGAGUUCACACACACUUGUACACUCACACACAUGACCAUCAAAAGACACACGCCGAAGUAUGCAUUUAAAUCCCUUUUUUUAAGUGAAAAGUCGGUUUGGACUAAUGUGUGUGGGGGAAAAAAAUGGCUGGAAUAAAAGGCCUUCUGUAUUUUUGAAAAAAAAGAAAAAAGAUCAUUUCAAGAUCUGUCGAAGUUUUAUUUGAAUGUACAGGAAUAAAAAGAAGAUAAUAAAAAUAAUAAUCUACUCAAGAUUAGAUGGUCCAGAUUUAGGUGGUCUAGAUUUUCUGCAGGGUACGCUGGAAAACUAGAUUAGAUCAUAAAGCAAGGGCAAAUGUUAGUUUUAUUGAAUGGAGAGAUUCCUUUUGUCCAAGAUUUCCUGAAACCAUGCAGAGCGGUGGAAAAUGUUCUUUGAAAAAUUUUUCAGCCUAGCUUCUUCUUUUCACCAUCAUUUCUUCUUUGUCUCGAUUGAGGUGACGCCAUGAUCAGAUCAUAGUCUACAGAAAUGUAUUUUUCAACCCCUACAUGUCUCAGAAAGGUUUUUUCCCCCCUAAUAUUCCCCUAAUGCUGUGCUUCAAAAAAAGAGUCCCGAGAAGCAAGUCCAAAUGGCAGUUUUUUUUUUCUAAGCUGUAACAAAUGAGUAAAGGCUCUUUAAAAGAAGGAUGCCCAAGGCUGUACUGGCAAUCUGAACAACCCAGAGCAUUUUCCCCUUUUCCCUUUACCGCAGCGGCAUCAGCAGCCAAGAUGGUGGUGUGCUUUGUGUUUGUAAAACUAUGUAAUCUGUGACGUCUGUAUUGUUGUAAGAAAUAUUGGAAAAAAAGAAAAAUAAAACUUCUCAAAUAUCA